UAAUUUAUUUUUUUUAUUUAAAGUCAGACAGACAGACGGACGAUGGCAGAGUCGGCGGCGACCAACAGCGACGGGGAGGAUGGACUCCUUCAGCCCGCGCGCGGCUUCGCGCGCCAAGGAGCCCUGCGCCAGAAGAACGUGCACGAGGUGAAGGACCACAAAUUCAUCGCGCGCUUCUUCAAGCAGCCCACGUUCUGCAGCCACUGCACCGACUUUAUCUGGGGUUUUGGCAAACAAGGAUUCCAGUGUCAAGUGUGUUGCUUUGUGGUUCACAAGCGCUGCCAUGAGUUUGUCACUUUCUCCUGUCCCGGCGCUGAUAAAGGACCUUCAUCAGACGACCCGAGGUCAAAGCACAAGUUUAAGAUCCACACUUACUCCAGCCCGACCUUCUGCGACCACUGUGGCUCUCUGCUGUACGGCCUCAUACACCAGGGCAUGAGAUGUGACCAUUGUAUGAUGAACAUCCAUAAGCGCUGCGUGGCCAACGUGCCCAGUCUGUGUGGGACGGACCACACCGAGAGGAGAGGGCGCAUCUACAUCACCGCUGAAAUCAGAACCAACGUGCUCACCGUCAUCAUCAAAGAAGCCAGGAAUCUGGUUCCCAUGGAUCCAAAUGGUCUAUCAGACCCCUACGUGAAGCUCAAGCUCAUCCCCGACCCACGCAGUGAGAGUAAACAGAAGACCAAGACCAUAAAAUGCUGCCUCAAUCCCACUUGGAACGAGACCUUUAAAUUCCACCUGAAGGAUUACGAUAAGGAUCGCCGUCUGUCGGUGGAGGUGUGGGACUGGGACCUGACCAGCCGCAAUGACUUCAUGGGAUCGCUGUCUUUCGGCAUCUCAGAGCUCCACAAACAAGGAGUGGAUGGGUGGUUUAAGCUGCUGUCACAAGAAGAGGGCGAGUACUUUAACGUCCCCGUUGCUCCAGAGGGGGAGGAGGCCAGCGAGGAGUUCCGGCAGAAAUUUGAGAGGGCAAAGAUCGGGCCAGGCAGGAACACAGAAGGCAAGUCAGCUAAUGCGGCAUCCUGCUUCGAAUCCAAUGAAUACAGAGAUCACACAAAGCUGUCCGACUUUAACUUCAUUAUGGUGUUGGGAAAAGGCAGCUUUGGCAAGGUGAUGUUGGCCGAACGUAAAGGCACAGAGGAGCUGUACGCGGUGAAGAUCCUCAAGAAGGAUGUCAUUAUCCAGGAUGAUGAUGUGGAAUGCACCAUGGUGGAGAAGAGAGUCUUAGCACUGUCUGGAAAACCACCAUUCCUCACACAGCUGCACUCCACCUUCCAAACCAUGGACCGCUUGUAUUUUGUCAUGGAGUACAUAAACGGAGGUGAUCUGAUGUACCAGAUUCAACAGGUCGGCAAGUUCAAGGAGCCCCACGCUGUCUUCUAUGCUGCUGAGAUAGCCAUUGGUUUGUUCUACCUGCAUCAGAAGGGCAUCAUCUACAGAGACCUGAAGCUGGACAAUGUGAUGCUGGACUGUGAGGGCCACAUUAAGAUAGCAGACUUUGGAAUGUGCAAAGAAAAUAUGAAUGAAGGCAUCACAACCAAAACCUUCUGUGGAACCCCAGAUUACAUCGCUCCGGAGAUCAUUGCUUACCAACCGUACGGUAAAUCUGUGGACUGGUGGGCGUUUGGAGUUUUGCUUUAUGAGAUGUUGGCCGGACAGCCUCCAUUUGAUGGUGAGGAUGAAGAUGAACUCUUUCAGUCCAUCAUGGAACAUCACGUCUCCUACCCCAAGUCGAUGUCCAAAGAGGCUGUCGCUAUUUGCAAAGGCCUGAUGACAAAGCAUCCAGCAAAGCGACUGGGCUGCAGCCCAGAAGGAGAGCGAGACAUCAGGGAGCAUGGCUUCUUCCGCUACAUGGACUGGGAGAAACUGGAGAACAAGGAGGUGCAACCGCCAUUCAAACCAAGAGCUUGUGGACGGAAUGCUGAGAACUUUGACCGUUUUUUCACACGCCACCCACCCGUGCUGACACCUCCUGAUGAGGAAGUCAUUCAGAACUUGGACCAGGACGAAUUCCAGGGAUUCUCCUAUAUCAACCCGGACUUCACGGGAACCGCUGGCGCUGCCCGUGCUGCUGAGGACCAGGCUUGAUUUCAGCUCACAUAGAUACAAACAUGGGAUCCUCCAGAAUCAAACUCCUGUUCACUGGAACAUACAGUCACACCAUCACAUCAACACAAAAGUCACUCACAGUUAAUCCUAAACAUACAUGUAAGACAUUUCUUCCUCACACGGGGCAUACAGUUGACCAUUUGUAACAUGCAAAUUUAAGGCCGUGCACAUCAGAAGAGUAUAAAUUGUCAUUGUUUCAUAUGCAGUAUUUUUCAGACUCAUGCGCUGUUAAUUAUGCUUUCAGGGUCAACAUUAACACUGGACCCUGCUGACUGACACUGAGGAUUUCCUCUCUUGUUUUUAAAUUUUUGUGGGGUGGUGGGGGGUGGGAAGGCUAAUAUUGGCUGGUAGAGAAUUGCAGUCCUUGUGUAAGUCAUCUAGAUCUCCAUAAUGCCACUGGUCCACCAACUCAGGGAAAGUACAGCAUUUGUUAGGCAAGUAAACAAUUUUAGAGUUUUACACUAGUCCAGCAGUUAAUACACCUGGUUUGUUCUCCCGAGUGGCAAAACUCC